UUGGGGCUUAAAUGCUACACGGCAACAUUUAAAAACAAAGCAGCUAUUUUCAGCUUUGCCAAAGAAACAGCGGCGUUGAGAUGUCAGCGCUUCAGGAGGGGAUGGAAAAAGGUCCUCUCUGCGCAUGCUCAGUCUGCGCUCCCCGUCUUAUUAAUUUUUAAUGGAAAAUGGCUGCGUUUCUUUUCCAAACCUCUGGAGCAGGCAAAUAAUAUAUAUAUAUAUAUAACCCAGUUCUUUUAAGCCGUCCGGCGUCUCGGGCCCGUGCACACCGACACGAACCCGGUGCCGUGGUCGUGGUGACCGGUGUCCUCCGCUACGAAGAGAUUCGGAGGAAAUGGACCGACUCAGGCUUUGAAGGGGAUGAAAGAUCAUUUUUCUCCUUAACCCUUUCUGCACCGAGAUCUGCGAACAAUCGAGCAGACGAUGAUGCGCCAGGUGAGCGGCGGUGACUUCUGCAUGAACAGCCGGCCGUCGUGUUUGGCCGAGGACGGGCACCACGCGGCCCACUUCGACCUGUGCGCCUCCCAGUCCAACAAGUUCUACCCGCCGCCCCCCUCGUCCCUGCAGAUGACGCUGGCGCCCAUGGCUCUGCCCGCCCACAGCCACAAGCCCAUGGUGUGUCAGCGACAGGAGGCGCCGGACCCGCGCACGCCCAAAGGCACCAAAAGCUCCGACCCGGACGACGGCAAGAAGAAGAGCAAGGCGUCGGGGAAGACGGGGCGGCGCGGGAGGCCGCUGGGAACCACCAAGCUGGCCGGCUACAGAACCAGCACGGGCCGGCCGCUCGGCACCACGCGGGCCGCCGGGUUCAAGACGAGCCCGGGGCGGCCGCUGGGCACCACCCGAGCGGCCGGGUACAAGGUGAGCCCGGGGCGGCCGCCCGGCAGCAUCAAGGGCCUGUCCCGCCUCAACAAACUGGCCUACGGCAGCGGCUGCAGCGGCGCCGCCUUCCCGUACCCGCUGCCGCACAAGGACCUGCUCUGUGAACCCUCCUGCAAAGACAAGGCGGCCAACGAGUGACGGCGGCGCCGCCUGUGGGGACGCAACACGUCCUGUAUCUGAACUAAGUAGCACCAGACGUUUGAGGAGGUUCUGUGGUGGAAGCUCACUAUGGGUUUGUUUAAGCGUGAACAUAUUUGAACCUGUUUAAUUACUGUGAACGCAGACGUUCUAGCACAAAACCGUUUUACCUGUACAUUCAUCACGUCUCACUUUCGCUUCUAGUGGCAUCACGUUUGGCACCGUCUCUGUGCAGCCAGAGGUUCUGAUCUAAUGAUAUGUAGCAUGCGUUGGUGCCUCCCUCUCUCUUUGCUUAAAGCUGCUGUUGAGCUGAUUCAGAGGUCGAGUUGUGGAUCAAUGGUGCUGAAAGACUGAAUCAGCUCAAUCGGCACCUUCAAGCUCGGCCGUGCUCUGAACCCUCACAGGUCAAAGCUAUUCGGUGCUGAAUGAGCCCAAACAUGGACGCUGACUCUGCUUCCACAUUGCUCCUGAUCCCGGCCCGGUGAUACUGGUCCCUGUGGACCGCAGGCGCCUCACUGCCCGUUGGUUGGUAUCGGAUCGUGUCCAGUCAGAGUCGCAGUCUGUUUUGUAGUGAACGCCUGAUGCGUUCGCUGGGUGUCGUUCAAACUCGCCCUGCUAGAAAUGCCAAAAGUAUUCAGCAUCAAACUAUCUCCACCUUUAAAGCAGCAAAGUCAGGAAUUUUGAAUUGUAGUGUAACUGAGGAACCACUUGAUAUAAUUCACUCCAGCUGUGACCCAAAUAAAAAACAUAGAACUGUUCUGAGAGCUUCAACCUAAAGCACAGGAAUCGUAACCCUGUAAUUAAUGCUGGAAUUAGGCUGUGCAGCUGUUCCUAAUAAAGUGGCCCCUGAGUGUUUCUCUCUAAAGUCAAAUAAUGAGAUAAAUAUGUAAAAACACAUGAAUGUGUCACGGACGUUAGCAUCAUUUCCACCCACGCGUCAGCUGUCUGCUAAAUGUUAUACUUAUGGAACCAACGUAUUUAUUUAUCAAUAUUUAUUUUGCUGCUUUGAUGCCGAGGAGGAGACGCUGCUCCUCCAGAGAACGGUCCACGAACGAGGACAGAAUGUUGGUCACGCGACAACAGACGCCUUUAUCCUCCUUCGUGCGUCUUCAUUUACACAAAUGCUUUGUUUUCUACAGCAGCAUGUUUAAAUAUUGGUUGUUUUUUACACUAAAACACUUGUUACUGUUUUAAAAGUGAUUUGGUUGAAACUGGCUUCGUUCAGUAUGUUUAGUUUCACUGCAUUUAAUUGAAAACAUGUUUAUUCCAGUGAUUAAGAUCUCAGAGUGUCGCCAUGUUUUUAUACGUUGAACUGUGAUUGAUUGAUCUCAAUCUUACAACUUGAUAAACCUUCAGUUUUUCUUUUAGGGAACUGAAAUCCUGAGUGAAGGUUUAGUAAAACUUUGCUGACACAAUUUACCAUAGUGCAAUAAUCUGUUGUGUGUAUUGUUCUGUGGAAACUUUGAUACUAUCACUUUUUAUUCUUGUUGUAUUUUGAUACUCGUGAACAUUUGGACAUUUGUUCCGUCGUGUGUAGUUGUUAACAUCUGUAGCUCAGUGAAAAGUCACACGCAGACGUCGCUCUCACCUCCUCUACCAAAGAUGUCAUGUUCUCCAGCUGUGGGUGGUUUAAAACACCUCAGAAUGACCUUCGCAUCGUUUCCCACGUUUAGUUUCUGCAGGUUUCUGUUCUCGACUGUAACAACUUCUGUCUUUUACACACGUUAUCGCGGCCUUUGUUUGUGGAGGUUAUGACUGAUGUGAUGCCUGGAUGUGUCACUCAAACUUUAUUUCCCACAUUUGUUUAGGUUCAGGCGAACUAAACAGUGACUGUACAACAAGAUGUAAAAUACUUGUGCAAAUGAUUCUUAUUCAUGUGCAAACGUCCAAACUCUGUCACGCUGCCAAAAGCUGGUAGCGACUUGGUACCGAAAAGCUGAUAAAUCAUCAUUAUAGGUUUGAAAGUAACAAAGACCUUAUUAUUUUAAAUAUACCGUCUUUAUGCAGGUUCAUCUGCCUUUGAGCUCAGUGCAGGUCCAGAAAUGUGACUUUGGCUGUGACGACAUCAUUAUUAUUGAACUAAACGCAAAAUAUUAAAUUAAAUAUUCACAGUUUUGCCAUCCAGUACAGGAAAAGAACGUGCUUCAAGAAGUGGGACGAGCACCUUCUAUGGAAAGUUCAAUUAAGGUAUUAAAAAUUGGAUGGUCAUUGAUUCUGAUGAAGUGGAGGUCUGACAUGAACUGUAUUAAAGAACUAAGUAGAACCAUCUCCUCCACUCUACAUUCGUCACAUGUUUGACUUUCUGGAUCAAAUGGUGAAAAUCACAGACAGUGACGUCACUGGUGGUUUAUAUACAUCUGGUUCAUGUUUAAUUUACCUUUAAGGGUGGAUAAAGUGAAUAAACCUUGUUCAGAUGAACCAUUAUGACACCACAUAAGCGAUGCUUUCUGAUAAAGACAUUCUGUUUCCAGUUAAAUUAGUGAUCAAACCCAGGUAUGAAUCGAAUAUUGUUUAAGAUGUUCAGCAUUAAAUCAACACUUUGAGUAUUUUCUUUGUGGGAAUAUAUGAUGCCCAGUUGUUCCUGGUGUGACUGACAAAGUCUGCAGAGCUUUGUGUAGGUCCCAUUUUAUUCCUGCAUGAUUGUUGUGGAAUGUUUAAAAGUUGUGUAAUAAAUAUCAAAGUAAAGGA